AUGCUUUUCACCAAACUCUGCAGCUUCUUCCUCCUCGGUCUUGCUUGUGCGCAAGACCUAAUCCAGUCCCCUCCCCAGGCCCCCACUCACGAGAUCUCCUCAUACGCUCGUGACAAUGUUGAGAUUUGCAAGUCUCGUCCCUUCGCGCCAACCCAGCUAAACUACCGCCGCAGUGGUAGCGACGUCUGGCUCAGGGAAUACACCCUUGAGAAUCGAGACCGUGAGUACUUCAAGCACCACGGUCUAGCAGCUACGAUCGCCUAUGACUUUCUCGGCGACACAAACUUCAAGUGCGCAAUUGGUGCCCAAAGCUCUUGCACCGUGCAUUGUCUCAAUGCGGUAGGGCACAUUGAAGAUCUCGAACUCGCCCGACGAGUUUACUUUGUCCUGGCCUCGACCGGCCAUUUUGUGGUGUCGCUGGAUAUAAUCCACAACGCGAUGCAAGCCGCGCAGAGCAAUGUCGGGCUCAUGGCCGGUCGUAUGUCGUACGUCUUUUUCUGGUUCCAGCACAGCGCCGAUGAGCUUCAGCGCAUCGCCGCAUUCAACCAGCUCUCUGAGAUUUCUCUGUGGGCCGCCCAGUCCGCGCUUAAUGCGGUUAUGCCCUUGAUCCCUUGGGGCAGCAUGAAGGACUGGGUCUUUACCAAAAUCUCGGAGAAGCAAGGACGCCCCAUCUCGAACGAGCCGGGGCUUGUUGAUAUGUUCCCAGCACCUGCGGAUGAAGAGAUCUCGGAAAUCCAGCUAACGAGAUAUACCGUCAAUAACGGAUAUCUCCCCGAUGCUCCGUACGCACUUCGUGUACCGCCCCGGUUUGGCGGCUCGCUGUGGUGGAAUCCGGAUGGUGUGUCAUUGGCCAAUUGGUGGUACAACAAUGGCAAGUUGGACGGGAGACUCAACAAGCAGGAGUUCUACGGCAAGUGGGAGGAGAAUGCGAUGGCUCGCCAUGACCCUGCAAAGGCAGCAGAGGUCGGCGAUGUGGAAUAUCAGCAUGGCUGGUUUCCUGACUUCAGUGCCCGCUGGAAUGUCCAUGGGUUCACAGAGGCUGCUUCGCAUGCCUGGAAUGACUUCAAGGAUCUCUGUGCUGGCACCGCCUAUGGAUGGAGAAGAUUCGUCCACGGUAUCUGGCCCUCUGCAGAAGCCCAGAAGAUCCAAGAGGAGGAACUCGAUGGAUAUGGGCAGGUCGACGGACACACGGUCACCCGAAAGAUCUGGGCCGAGAACCAGGACGAGAAACGGGAUUGGAUGGCCCGAGUAGCCGCCGGCGAAAACAUCCUCGAGGACGAGCGCAGGCAACAGCCAGAAGGUAGACUCCAACCAGGUCAGCUCAGCUACAUCACGUAUCUCCGUACCAAGGACAAGCUUAAUCCUCCUACCAAGCUUGGUGAAGGUGAUCGGAUCGCUAGCUGGGGUCCAACAACGGAGCGAGAGGCUCUGGGACGUUUCGAAGGCUGGGAUUCAUAUGAUGAGUACCGUCUUGAACAAAUUGCAAAGACGUGGCCCAUCCCGGACGAGCCCGAGAAGAUCUGGAUAAAAGAAUCUUCAGAUGAAACGAAGAUCCCAAACCGGACCUUGGGAUUCUACCAACUGGCACAGCGCACUGCCGGUGUUGGCCGCAUCCUGUUUCCGAUGGUCACUCAGGGUUUGGUCAAGACUAUGGUCAACAGUUUCUUCUCCAAGUGGAAAGCGGAUGAUAAGCCGAGAGAGAUCAACGAGAUGGGAAUGCAAUGGUGGAUCCAAGAGUCUGGUCGCAUCUCCCGGAUGGCACUCAAGGAAACCGUCAAUCGGGUCAUCAGAUCCGAGAGUAUCAAAGAUGACGGUUCCUCUGAGUUGGCCGAUCUCCUCGCGCUGGGCACAUAUCUUCCAGCAACUGACGGCGUUCUCGGUGCUUGGACUGCUUCCGAUGUUGAGACAACCUUGACGAAGAACAUCUUCUACAAGACUCUCAACAUGGCCAUAACCUCCCAGAAGAUGUUCAUCUCCUGCACGAGUGAGUUUCGCAGAUCCAAGGGUAGGAGCUCGAUCCCUUUCACGUCCCCCAACCCCAUCAAGGAUUUCGAGGUCGUCAAAACCUGCGCCGAAGACACCACUGGACCGCAGCACAGUAAGGCAUGCAUCGACAAUGUUGCAGUCUGCUACCUGUACCGCUGGAACGACCGUGGUAUCAUCAUGACACACACCGUCGAAGAUCCUUUCGGCUUCAAUGAUCUCGCUGCGGACCCAUGGAACCUCAAGACGGCCGAUAUCAUUACGAGCUCGUUCUGGUCGCAUGUCAUGGGCCUUAAGGAUGUCCAGUUGGCGUCAAACCUGAGCAUCCUGAAUGAUGGACCCACGGUUCAGCAGGCUGCAGACCCGCAGACCCCCGGCUUGUUCACUGUUCCCAUUUGUCUGAGUUCUUACAACUGGAACUCCCCAACCACUAAAGACGGUCUCCUCGAUGACCUCAAUGUCAAUGGCCCCCGCAAAGCGAUUCCUUGCUAUUGCGGUAAUCUUGGGAAGGACACCAGCUCUGUAUGGCAGGCUAUGGGAAUCACAGGGACUGCGGCGACCAAGGAGUACGCGAAGACGGUGUGUCCAGCCCAAAUUGGUGUCAAGAUGCAUGAUUGGCUCGAACGCUAUGUGGCCUAUUGUCGUCUUGGGAUUCGGAAGGGUCCGUUGGGGACCGUGAAGACGGGCAAGGAUGGGAUGUGCGACCUUGUAAUCCAUGAGCUUGAGAGCAAACGGAUUAUCUCGACCACGGAUCUAGAACCAGAGCAGAGCAAUGCGUUCAAGUGCAAGAUAAAGGGAAGCAACAAGAAAAAAUGCAAACCUUACGCAAAGACUCCGAUUUCCAGCGUGUGGGACGAUACGAUGGAAGCAGUAAGGGAGAGGAAGGAAAAGGAGCGGUCAAGUGCCUAG